AUGCACACAUUACGACAGUUUUGUAACCAGCGUUGUUUCAAGGGUUUUGCGUGUAUAUUAGGUGCAUCAGCCUUUGUUACUGGAGGAGGUUGGGCUGUUACCAAAAUGAAUGGCUUACGAAUAAUAAAUAAAUCCAUCGUCGUUUCCUGCAGCACUGUUCCAUUGCUUACAAAGUUUUCUGAGAUAAACCUCAAUGAUUGGAUGUCUUCACCAGUUUCAUCAAUAGAUCAGUUAAAGAUUAAUGAUGAGUGCUAUCGAACAAAAAUGGAGAUGUUGUGUAUGGAGCUUCAGGGUCACUUGUGUAAACAAAUUGAAAGAAUUGAUGGGAAGGCUAAGUUCCGCGUGGAUAAAUGGGAUCGUCGUGCCGGUGGCGGCGGAAUUUCUUGCAUUUUAGAAAACGGUGAAGUCUUUGAAAAGGCUGGUGUAAACAUAAGCGUUAUAAGUGGGAACCUCAGUCCAAUGGCUGUGAAGGAAAUGCGUGCAAGACAUAAAGAUAUUGAUCCAGACUCAGAUUGCAAAUUUUUCGCUUGUGGCAUUAGUUCAGUUAUCCAUCCUCUUAACCCUUAUGUACCGACGACGCAUUUUAAUUUUCGUUAUUUUGAAGUGGAUAUGGGUAAUAAUCGUAAAUCAUGGUGGUAUGGUGGUGGUGCUGAUUUAACACCAUAUUAUCUAUUCGAUGAAGAUGCUAAACACUUUCAUGAACAACUUAAACUAGCCUGUGAUAAACAUCAUGAAUCAUUUUAUCCACGUUUCAAAAAAUGGUGUGAUGAUUACUUUUAUUUAAAACAUCGAGGUGAGACGCGUGGUGUGGGUGGGAUAUUUUUCGAUGAUUUAGAAGACACAUCACAAGAGAAAGUAUUCGGUUUUGUAAAAUCAUGUGCUGAAGCUAUCAUUCCAGCCUAUUUGCCUAUUGUUGAAAAACGAAAAAACUUGAAGUAUACUGACUUGGAACGUGAGUGGCAGUUGGUUAGGCGUGGACGUUAUGUAGAGUUUAACCUAAUUUAUGAUCGUGGCACAAAAUUUGGCUUAGCUACUCCAGAAGCGAGAAUUGAAAGUAUUUUAAUGUCACUGCCACUUUUUGCUCAAUGGACAUAUUGUUAUGAUAAUUCAAAAGAUCCUAGAAAUCAAUCGCUUAUCGAAGUGCUCACACAUCCCAAAGAAUGGGUUUAA